AUGGCCCUCUCAGUGGACUCGUCUUGGCACCGGUGGCAGCGGCGCGUCAGAGAUGGCUGCUCCCAGUCUCCGUCAGAAGCCACGCCGCUGCUGCUCGCAGAGAAGGAGGCGCGGAACUACAACCCCGCGCAGCAGCGGGUCGUUUUCCCCAACAAUCACGCGUUUCACCAGGACUGGGCGAAGUUCUCCAGGCGAUACUCCAGCAACAGAAUCUGCACAACCAAGUACACCCUCUUCACCUUCCUGCCCCAGAAUCUCCUGGAGCAGUUUCACAGAUGGGCUAACCUCUAUUUCCUGUUCCUGGUGAUUCUGAACUGGAUGCCCACCUUGGAAGUCUUCCACAGGGAAAUCACCAUGUUACCAUUGGCCAUCGUCCUGUUCAUCAUCAUGGUCAAAGAUGGCCUGGAGGACUUCAGGAGAUACCGCUUUGAUAGACAGAUAAACUGCUCCAACAUCCAGAUAUACGAACGGAAAGAGCAGAGCUACAUGCAGAAGUGCUGGAAGGAUGUGCGUGUGGGGGACUUCAUCCAGAUGCAGUGCAACGAGAUCAUCCCAGCCGACAUACUCCUGCUCUUCUCCUCAGACCCCAGUGGGGUCUGCCAUUUGGAAACUGCCAACUUGGAUGGAGAGACCAACCUCAAACAGAGGCGGGUUGUGAAGGGCUUCUCACAGCAGGAGGUACAGUUCCAACCAGAACAUUUCCACAACACCAUCGUGUGUGAGAAGCCCAACAACCACCUCAACAAAUUUAAGGGUUAUAUGGAACAUCCCGAUCAGACCAGGACAGGCUUUGGCAGUGAGAGUCUUCUGCUUCGAGGCUGCACCAUCAGAAACACUGAAGUGGCUGUUGGCAUUGUCAUCUACACAGGCCAUGAGACGAAAGCCAUGCUGAACAACAGCGGCCCGCGGUACAAACGCAGCCAGAUCGAGCGGCGCAUGAACAGAGACAUCUUCUCCUGCAUCGGCAUCCUCUUCCUCAUGUGCCUCAUUGGAGCUGUAGGUCACGGCCUCUGGAAUGGAACCUUCACAGAGCACCCUCCCUUUGACGUGCCAGACGCCAAGGGCAACUACCUUCCCCUUGCUCUUGGGGGCUUCUACAUGUUCCUCACCAUGAUCAUCCUGCUCCAGAUACUGAUCCCAAUCUCCCUGUACGUGUCCAUUGAGCUGGUGAAGCUCGGGCAAGUCUUCUUCCUGCACAACGACCUUGACCUGUAUGAUGAAGAGACUGACUUGUCCAUUCAGUGUCGAGCCCUCAACAUCACUGAGGACUUGGGUCAGAUCCAGUACAUCUUCUCCGACAAGACAGGAACGCUGACCGAGAACAAGAUGGUGUUCCGGCGUUGUACCAUCAUGGGCCACGAGUAUUCUCACCAAGAAAAUGCUAAGCGACUAGAGACCCCAAAGGAGCUGGACUCAGACAGUGAAGAGUGGACCCAGUACCGGUGCUUGUCCUUCCCAGCCCGAAAGGACCAGGGCCCAGCAGCAAUGAGGGGCCAAGGAGGUUCCCAGCCUCUGAGGAGGAGCCAGAGCGCUCGUGUACCCAUCCAAGGCCACUCGCGACAGCGGUCUAUGGGGCGCUGUGAAAUCUCACAGCCCUCUGUGGCCUUCAGCAGCUCCAUAGAGAAAGACGUGACUCCAGAUAAAAAUCUCCUGUCCAAGGUGCGAGACGCAGCUCUGUGGCUGGAGACCCUGUCAGAUGGCAGAACCCCCAAGCCUUCCCUUGCCACUGCCUCCUCCAUUGCUGACUUCUUCCUUGCCUUAACCAUCUGCAACUCCGUCAUGGUCUCCACGACUACUGAGCCCCGGCAGAGGGUCACCAUGCCACCCUCAACCAAGGCUCUGGGGACAUCCCUGGAGAAGAUCCAGCAGCUGUUCCACAGGUUGAAGCUUUCAAGCCUCAGUCAGUCCUUCUCAUCCACUGCACCCUCCGACAUGGACCUAGGGGAGAGCUUGGGGGCCAACAUCCCCACCACGGACUCGGAAGAGAGAGAUGACGGGUCAGUGUGCAGUGGUGGCUAUUCCACUGACGGCGGCUACAAGAGCAGCACGUGGGAGCAGGGCGACAUCCUGGGGGCAGGGCCAGGGGCCUCCCUGGAGGAGGUGCUGCAGGCCCCAGCCCUCAGCCUGGCUGGUCCCGAGCUCUGUUAUGAGGCUGAGAGCCCUGACGAGGCCGCCCUAGUGCAUGCUGCCCAUGCCUACAGCUUCACACUGGUGUCCCGGACACCCGAGCAAGUGACCGUGCGCUUGCCCCAGGGCACCUGCCUCACCUUCGAUGUCCUCUGCACCCUGGAGUUCGACUCUGUCAGGAAGAGGAUGUCUGUGGUCGUGAGGCACCCGCUGACCGGUGAGAUCAUCGUCUAUACCAAGGGCGCCGACUGCGUUAUCAUGGACCUGCUGGAAGACCCAGGCUGCAUGACUGACUCUGAUGUGGAAAUGAAGAUGAGGAAAAUCCGAGCCCGGACCCAGAGGCAUCUAGACUUGUAUGCGAGAGAUGGCCUUCGAACACUGUGUAUCGCCAAGAAGGUCUUGAGUGAAGAGGACUUCAGGCGAUGGGCCAGUUUCCGGCGUGAGGCUGAGGCAUCCCUCAACAACAGAGAUGAGCUUCUCAUGGAGACAGCACAGCAUCUGGAGAAUCAACUCACCUUACUCGGAGCCACUGGGAUUGAAGACCGGCUGCAGGAAGGUGUUCCAGACACCAUCGCUGCUCUGCGGGAGGCUGGGAUCCAGCUCUGGGUCUUGACUGGAGAUAAGCAGGAGACUGCGGUCAACAUCGCCUAUGCAUGCAGACUCUUAGACCAGAUGGACACCGUUUACUCCAUUAACACAGAGAGUCAGGAAACGUGUGACUCCAUCCUCAACUUGGCACUGGAAGAGGUAAAGCAAUGUCAUGGCCCUCUGAAGCCAGACGGCAAGCUCUCUGGGUUCCGCCUACCUUCUGCGACACCACCCUCUGCCUCAGGAGCUGCAGCCCCAGAUGUUGGAUUGGUCAUUGACGGGAAGACCCUAAAUGCCAUUUUCCAGGGGAAACUGGAGGAGAAAUUUCUGGAGUUGACCCGGUAUUGCCGCUCUGUCCUGUGCUGCCGCUCCACCCCGCUGCAGAAGAGCAUGUUGGUCAAGCUGGUGCGGGACAGGCUGAGAGCCAUGACCCUUUCCAUAGGUGAUGGAGCAAAUGAUGUAAGCAUGAUUCAAGCUGCCGAUAUUGGGAUUGGAAUAUCUGGACAGGAAGGCAUGCAGGCUGUCAUGUCCAGCGACUUUGCCAUCUCCCGCUUCAGACACCUCAAGAAGCUGCUGCUUGUGCAUGGCCACUGGUGUUACUCGCGCCUGGCCAGGAUGGUGGUAUACUACUUCUACAAGAACGUGUGCUACGUCAACUUGCUCUUCUGGUACCAGUUCUUCUGCGGCUUCUCUGGCUCCACCAUGAUUGACUACUGGCAGCUGAUCUUCUUCAACCUCUUCUUCACUUCCUUGCCUCCUCUUGUCUUCGGAGUCCUGGAUAAAGACAUCUCUAUGGAAACACUCUUGGCAGUGCCCGAACUGUACAAGAGCGGCCAGAACUCCGAGUGCUAUAACCUGCUGACUUUCUGGAUCUCCAUGGCGGAUGCGUUCUACCAGAGCCUCGUCUGUUUCUUUAUCCCCUACCUGACCUACAAGGACUCUGAUAUCGACGUUUUUACCUUUGGGACACCCAUCAACACCAUCUCCCUUGCCACAAUCCUCUUGCACCAGGCAAUGGAAAUGAAGACCUGGACCAUCAUCCACGGGCUUGUUCUCGCAGGCAGCUUCCUGAUGUACUUUGUGGUGUCCCUUGUGUACAAUGCCAUCUGUGUCACCUGCAACAGCCCCACCAAUCCCUACUGGGUGAUGGAAGGCCAGCUCUCAGACCCCACAUUCUACCUUGUCUGCUUCCUCACACCGGCUGUGGCUCUUCUCCCAAGGUACUUUUUCCUGACUCUUCAAGGGACAUAUGGGAAGUCUCCAAUCCUAAGAGCUCAGAAAAUUGACAGACUCCCUGUGGACAAGAGAGAGCUGGAAAUCCAGAGCUGGAGAAGCCACCAGAGGCCGGCCACCAUCCCUGGAGAGGCCCAUCCCACCAACCGUCUGGGGUCACCUGCCUCAGGUCAGAGCUUCAGAAGCAGCACCCCAAAGAAUUUGAGCCCUGCCGAGCAGAGGUACAAGGAGGACUGGGUACUGCCUGGAGAAAGAUGCAGCAGAGACCACACAAGGGACGACCCAUACUCAGGGGACUCCUGGGCUAAAUUCUCAUCUGGGGAGCACCUGCCCUUGGAGCCUAGUAGGAUGAUGGCGUCCGGACAGACUAACUCAAACCGGCCCUUCAGCCGGGGCAGCCACCGCCGAUCCCAGAGCUCACUGACCAUAUGA